UUAAUAAAUAGCUUUGUUUGUUCUCUUUCUCUUCUUAUUGUUGCAUAAUAGCUUAUCUCUCUACAAUCACAUAUGGAGCUUCAUUUGGGUCUUGCUCUCUCCACUUAUAAUAAUUCUCAUGCCUACAAUAUUUCAUCUACCAAGAAUCACUUCCCUUUGAACCAUGACAAUAAGAAACGAAGAUUUUCUCAACUCUUGGAGCAUGCAGCAGAAACAACCAACCUUCCCACUCUUUCUCUUCUACCAUUAACUCCUGGCCACUCAGAUGAUCAUGAUCAUGAUGAUCAACACUGCUCUCACAGCUCCACUACCACUAUCACCAAGAGCAAUGAAGAUGAUGAAGAAGCUCUUGUUGGAUGGCCUCCGGUUAAUUGUAGGAGGAAGAAACUUCGUUGUAAUGAAAAUGAUGUUGAGGAUCACGUGGUCCCUAUUGAUGGUUCUCAUAAUCAUAGGAAUUACGUGAAGGUGAAGAUGGAAGGUGUAGGAAUAGCUCGAAAGGUUAAUCUUGGCAUGCACCAUUCAUUUCAUACUCUCAAUCAAACUUUAAUGGACAUGUUUGAAAAAUGUGAUCAUGAUCAACAACAGUAUGAACUGGUUUAUCAAGACAAAGAAGGUGAUUGGCUUCUUGCUCAAGAUAUUUCAUGGAGAAGUUUCAUUGAGUGUGCGCAACGCCUCAAAUUGCUUAAGAGCAGGGGAUAGAUAAUUAAGUCAACACAAACCAUCUUUCAAGGCUUCAAGUUCAACUUGCCAACGUUGUUUGCUUUGCUCACCUUUAAUUGGAAACCCAAAUAUUAAUUUAAUUAAUGGGUAUUUUUUGGGUUAAUUUGUAUCUAAAAAGUUGGAUAUAUGGAAGAGUAUACCAACUUCUGACUAAGUUGCUUUUGUAUGAAACAUGAUAUUUUAGCUAUAUAUAGUAAGUAGUAGUUCAAUA